CUCAGGCAGUGAAGAGACAGUGCUGAUCCGUUCUGUUUGCAGAGAGAUGGAAACAGCGGCUGCAUCUCCAGUCCAGUCUGUCGUUUCCUUCGGGGAGGUGGCCGUGUAUUUCACAGAGGCAGAGUGGGCGCUGCUGGAUCCAGACCAAAGGGCUCUCUACGAGGACGUCAUGAUGGAGAACUACGCGAGCGUGGCUUCUCUGGCAGCACCUAUAGAGGAGAUGGUUGGGGGAAACGAGGGGUUCUCUGUGGGAACAGACCAGGAUGAAAUUUCUGAAGGAAAGGUGGAGGACAGAGACCGACCACAAAGGCAGGAGGGAAACCAUGCAGACAAGACGGCAGAUAAGCCCGAUCCAUCCCAAGGAGGAUACUUCUGUGAAAGUCCAGUCCAAGAAGUAACAUCAACCAAAACAAGGAAUGAACGUCUUCAUGCUUGCCAGAGAAUCUUCUCCAGGGAAAACAAAAAUGAAAAUCUGGCUGUUGGAAAGUCCUGCGGUGAAAAUAUCACUCUUAUUUCUGAGAGGCAAAUUCCCUUAGCAGAGAAAUCAUAUGACUUCCUGAAGUGUGGAAAGACCUUCAGUCAGCAAUCAUCCGUUUCAUCCCAUCAACCUCAGUCAGCAGGGGAUGAGCAGUGGAAUGAGGGUGAUGAGACAGUGCUAAAUAAAGUCCCGAGUGAAGAUUUGGAAGGAAUCUUCAGAAAUCAAGGUGGACAUAAUAAGCAGAAAGGAAAUCACAUGGCUGAAAAUGGGAAUAAACCUAUUUCAUGCCAAGGGCAGGAUUUCAGUGAACUAGUCCAAACAGCAGAGGAAGCACAUAAGUGCUUGGAAUGUGGGAUGACCUUCUCAGAUCAAAGCCAAUAUGAGAUCCAUCUGCAAAUGCACAGUGGAAGGAAGGCCGAUCAAUGCUUGGAGUUUGGAAAGAAUUAUGUUCACAGAACAGAGCAACCUCGCCAUCAGAGAACUUAUAAAGGAGAGAAAUCUUGUAGCUGCACAGACUGUGGCAAGAGCUUCUCAGGAAAAUCAGAUCUUUCUCAAAACCAUGGUGGGACUCAUUCAUCAGAGAAUCCAUUAAUCAGCAUAGACAGUGGAAAGACUUUCUUUGGUAUAAGAAAAGGUAAUGUACAUCUUCCAAAGCACAGUAUAAUAAGGGCACAUAAAUGCUUUUGGUGUGGAAAGUUCUUCAGUCACAAUAGCACUCUUCAACACCAUCAAAGAACUCACACAGGUGAGAGACCUUUUGAAUGCUCGGAGUGUGGAAAGAGAUUCAGUCAGAGUGGCAAUCUUCAACACCAUCAAAGAACUCACACAGGUGAGAGACCUUUUGAAUGCUCGGAGUGUGGAAAGAGAUUCAGUCACACUGGCAAUCUUCAACACCAUCAAAGAACUCACACAGGUGAGAGACCUUUUGAAUGCUCGGAGUGUGGAAAGAGAUUCAGUCAGAGUGGCACUCUUCAAAGGCAUCAAAAAAAUCACACAGGUGAGAGACGUUUUGAAUGCUUGGAGUGUGGAAAGAGAUUCAGUUGGAGUGGCAAUCUUCAACUCCAUCAAAAAACUCACACAGGUGAGAGACCUUUUGAAUGCUCGGUGUGUGGAAAGAGAUUCAGUCGGAGUGGCACUCUUCAACGGCAUCAAAAAACUCACACAGGUGAGAGACCUUUUGAAUGCUCGGGGUGUGGAAAGAGAUUCAGUCAGAGUGGCAAUCUUCAACUCCAUCAAAAAACUCACACAGGUGAGAGACCUUUUGAAUGCUCGGAGUGUGGAAAGAGAUUCAGUUGGAGUGGUACUCUUCAACGGCAUCAAAAAACUCACACAGGUGAGAGACCUUUUGAAUGCUCAGAGUGUGGAAAGAGAUUCAGUCGGAGUGGCACUCUUCAACGGCAUCAAAAAACUCACACAGGUGAGAGACCUUUUGAAUGCUCAGAGUGUGGAAAAAGAUUCAGUGACAGUGGUAAUCUUAAAAAGCAUCAAAGAACUCACACAGGUGAGAGACCUUUUGAAUGCUCAGAGUGUGGAAAAAGAUUCAGUGACAGUGGUAAUCUUAAAAAGCAUCAAAGAACUCACACAGGGGAGAGACCUUUUGAAUGCUCAGAGUGCGGAAAAAGAUUCCGUCGAAGGAACACUCUUAAAGACCAUCAAAGAAUUCACACAAGGGAGAGACCUUUGUAGUGCUGAUUGUAAGGCUUCUGUCCACUCUCAGAUGAGGCACCCCAGUUUGAUCCCCUUCUUCUUGGAAGGCACCCCCUGGAUAGCAGAAAGUGCUUUUUUAUGCUCAGUGUGUGAAAAGGGAUUCACUCUGCAUG